GCCCUGGGUAUCCCCAGCUUCGUGAAGCCGGACUCGGGCUGGAAGAAGCCGCGGCGCAUCCAGCCCACUCCGUACCGCCUGGAGACCGAGGACAAGAUCUCCUCUGCUGCCUGUGGCUAUGGAUUCACACUGCUGGCUUCCAAUACCAGAGACAUCACCAAAGUGUGGGGCAUGGGGCUCAACAAGGAUUCCCAGCUUGGAUUCCAGAGGAGCAGAAGAGAUCAAACUAAGGCCUAUGAAUAUGUCUUGGAACCAUCUCCAAUUCCAUUACCACUGGAGAAACCACAGCAAACUCGAGUCUUGCAGGUGUCCUGUGGGAGAGCCCAUUCCCUGGUGCUGACAGACAGCGAAGGAGUUUUCACAAUGGGAAACAAUUCUUACGGACAGUGUGGCCGGAAAGUUGUUGAAGAUGAAAUUUACAGUGGAAGCCAUCUCAUUCAUCAGCUGAAGGAAUUUGACAGCAGAGUUGUCCAGGUUGUGUGUGGGCAGGACCACAGUCUGUUUAGAACCAAGAAAGGUUCAGUCUAUGCAUGUGGAUGGGGAGCUGAUGGACAAACAGGUCUUGGACACUAUGACAUCACCAGUGUUCCUACUAAGCUGCAGGGUGACAUUGCUGGAGUAAACAUCAUCCAGGUGUCCUCCUAUGGGGACUGUUGUCUGGCUGUUUCAGAUGAAGGAGAUGUCUUUGGCUGGGGAAAUUCAGAAUACUUGCAGUUGGCCUCUGUCACAGAAACCACACAGGUGAAUGUUCCCAGGCAUUUGCCAUUCAAGAUUGGGAAGGUGAAGGAGGCUGCCUGUGGAGGGACUGGCAACAUUGUGCUAACAGAAGAAGGAAAUGUUUUUGUCUGGGGAUAUGGAAUUCUUGGGAAAGGACCAAACCUAACAGAGACAGCAGAGCCAGAGAUGAUCCCACCCAGCCUUUUUGGCUGCUCAGACUUCAGCCCAGACACUCGUGUUGCUCAUGUUCGCUGUGGGCUCAGCCAGUUUGCAGCCCUUACAAACAGAGGAGAACUCUUUGUGUGGGGGAAGAAUCUAAGAGGGUGCCUGGGAACUGGAAGAAUGGAAGACCAGUACUUCCCAUGGAGGGUGACUGUCCCUGGUGAGGUGGUGGAUGUGGCCUGUGGAGUUGAUCACAUGGUGAGCAUGGUCAGGUCUUUCACCUAGGGCUGCUGCUGGCUCUCAGCACUGCUCCAGGGCCAUGCAGGGGCUUGGUGACAGCCUUCUGGGAAAGAAAAACUCAUUGUAUGAAACCAAGAGACUGAGCAGAGACAGCCAUAGCAGUGUCUGGGUGUGUUCUCAUCCCUGCAUCACUGGGAUGCCCUGGCCUGGCUGCAGGAAGGAAGCACAUUCCCUGAGGAGUGUGGGAAUGCAAGGAGUGCUCUGGCUCCUUCCUGAUGAGCUCCCAGAGGAUCUGAGGCCCAGCCCAAGCUGGUGAGCCCUUCUGUGCCUGAAGAUGAAGAGCAUCUCCCUCAAGGAAGACUGGCAUGGAUGAAAUCUGCAGCACAGGACAUUGAACAUGGACAUUUCCUGUAACCAGCUCUGGAGUCAGCGUUGGGCAGAGCCAAACUAUUUCUAAAGGGAAAAGUUGGGUGGUUUUUAAUUACUAUUAUGUGGAAGAGUGAUCAUGCUAGGUCUUGAAGCCCAGCACAGCUGUCCUGGGUGGCCACCCUGAGCUGUGCUGUGCCCAGGCUGGUGCCCUGUGCAGAAAUGAUGCCCAGCCCCUGCCUGAGGCAGUGAUGUGUCCCUGGGCUGUGGAAGGCUUUCUGUGUUAGUGCUAAAGACUGAACACCAGAGGAACACAGAGUGAGAACCUGUUUGCAGGGGUAAGUACUAUCAAAUAAGACAGCAGGCUCUCUGUGCUGCAGGAGGACAGAUGGAUGGUGACAGCAGCCAGUCCAGCUUAUUGAGGGAGGCUGGAGACAAAGCCCUGCAAAAUCAGUGCUCAGGAUGGAUGUGAGCAGUGCUCACUGCCCCUCAGGUACCUUUGUCUCCUUGUGCUGAUCACACAUCACUGCCUUUGAUUUAUUUUGGACUCCCUACACCCUUUCUGUUUUCAGAGCUCUGGCUCUCAGUUGCAAUUAGCAGAGGAUUUCAGGAUGGCCUAGCAGGGGAAGGAGUCUUGAUGGGUAAGAAGCAGAAAUUCAUCCCUUGGUGCCUUUGUAGCAGUGAGGUGAUAGAGAUUGGAUACAUCAGCUGUGUGUUACUGUAGCAGGCACCCAUCUCACACCCAUGUGUGGGAAACUCUCCUGUGAAACACUCCAGACAUCAGGCAGAGUUGUGUCUUUUCUCUCUAUGUGAGAUAUUUCUGGUGUGCAAACUAUUUUGGUGGAAUCCAAGCUAGUAGAUUUUCAAUAAAGUGAUUAUAAAAUCUUUA